AUGGCGUGGCCGAACCCAUUCCGGCGGCGUGACGAGAAUACCAGGACCUGCUGGGGCUACACCUUCCAGCUGACGCCCGAGCACCUGACACCGGAGCAGGCACAGCCCCUGAAAUUCAGCUACGACGUGCUAGGCGAAGAAUGUUACGAGAUCCUCGACCAGAUGAGCCGCAAACCGCCGGUCUCAGAACCCUCAGGCCACAACGCCGCUCCCGAAUCAACAACAACAUCAUCCGUAUCCCCAAGUGAUCCCGACGCAGCCUCUUCUUCUCCGCCACGCCUACCAAAGCGCGACCUGUACAUCCUCCUCCGGGACAACAGGCACACGCACCCGAAACUCCAGCGCCUAUGGGACGAAGUGACGACGACCCCGGACUGGGUAUCGUGGCCUCAGAUCGCGCGCGGCCAGGACGUCUUCUACCGCUACGGCGCGGCCACGCUGACAGGCUUGGCCUACCAAUCGCUACUAGGCGGGAUGGGGGCGCACAGGGUUGUCGAGGUGCUCGCCCGCACGGGAGGCUUCUCGACCAAAGUGGCGCGCCACCGCCUGUUCGAAACGACGCAGCACAUCCUGCAAUGCACGCGCGACCUGACCUCCAUAAAGCCGGGGGGCGACGGCUUCGCGAGCUCGCUGCGCGUGCGCCUGUUACAUGCGGCCGUGCGACGGCGGAUCAUGCGUCUCGCGAGCGCGCACCCGUCGUACUACGACGUCGAACGGUUUGGCGUGCCGAUCAACGACCUGGACUGCAUCGCCACGAUCGGCACGUUCAGCGCGACCAUCAUCUUCCUCAGCCUGCCGCGGCAGGGGAUCUGGCUCACCCGGCAAGAAAGCGCGGACUAUAUUGCCUUGUGGCGCCUGAUCGCGCACUACGUGGGCACUCCGACCACGUGGUUCGAGACGCCCGACACGGCCCGCCGCGUCAUGGAGAGUUUGUUGCUCAAUGAAAUCAACCCGUCCAACACGAGCCAGGUGCUCGCGAACAACAUCAUCCGGUGCCUCGAGAACCAGCCGCCCACGUACGCGAGCCGCAGCUUUCUCGAGGUGAAUGCGCGCUGGCUGAACGGGAACGACCUGGCGGAUGCGUUGGGCCUGGGGAACCCCGGGUGGUGGUACUGGGCGCUCAUGGCGGGCCAGUGCAUCUUCUUCAGCUGUCUGUGUUAUACGUACCGAGCCGUGCCGGCGCUGGAUCGGCGGAAGAUCGAGACGCUCAGAAAGGUGUUUUGGGCCGUCAUUGUCGAGGGCAAGUAUGGGCUUGGCGGCGAGGAGACCGUGUUUGAGUUCAAAUAUGUGCCGGAGCUGGGGCUGGGGACGGGGAAAGGUGAUGGCGAUGACGUCGAGGUCAAGGGCAAGGAAGUGGGAAUUGAGAGGAGGAAUUUCAACACGUUGGUGGUGGCGACCGGUGUGUUGGUGGCAGUAGGAUAUCUCGGUGUCAAGGUGUCGAUGGCCGUCUUGGGGAGAGUCUUCUGA